GGAAGCGGGAGGGUGUUAUAAAUCCAUGGAUCUUGAGUUGGAAGGGAGAUCGGAAGAUGACAUCUAUUCCACUCCCCCCCAACACACACCCCAGAAAGUGCGAUUGAUGAGUGGGCACUGGAAGCCUCUGGCAUCUACCCUGGGCUGGCUGGAAAGCAAGCACCCCCGCCCCGUGCCCAGCUCCCCCUCCUCUCGUUUCCAUGCCUUGAGGCCACUCGGAAGAAGGGCGGAUAGAGUGAGGUUCCCUCCCUCAGAGGGUCAGGCCCCUACUCGCCCGGGGUGAAUGGAGCCACGAGAGGGCGAAGGGGAGGGGGAAGGGGCACCAGUGACUCCGGAUGCACUGGGAAGCAGCCUGUCCCUGGCAGCCCCCAUAGGGCCCCCCAGCUUUGAGGUGCUGCUCUCUCAGGUGGGGGUGCUGGGGAGAGCACAGCAGGUGCAGCUGGGGUUGAGCUGCCUGCCCCUGCUGUUCGUAGCCCUGGGUCUGGCCUCAGACCCCAUCCUCACACUGGUGCCGCCCCUGAGAUGCCGCCAGGCCAAUGCCUCGGGGUGGGAGCCGGCCCUCAACUCCAGCGAAGAGGCCUGCUCCCCACCCCCACCCAACAGCACCCGAUGCCCCCAUGGCUGGGACUACAGCGAUCUCCCUGUGCUCAGCAGCAACAUGGUCACCCAGUGGGAUCUAGUCUGUGAAAGGGGCUGGGAGGUCACCCUGGAGCAGAUCCUCUUCCUCUUGGGCUUUGCCUGUGGCUACCUGGGUCUGGGCCAUCCCAUAGACAGGGUAGGACGUCGAGGGGUUGUACUGCUGGCCUUGGGGCUGGCGGGACCCUGCGGGGUUGGAGGGGCUGCAGCUGGCUCUCCACCUGGUCUCACGGCUCUUCGAUUCCUCCUGGGCUUCAUGCUAGCUGGGGCCGACCUUGGCCUCUACCUCACCCGCCUGGAGUUGUGUGAGCCCUCCCAGCGGCUCCGAGCAGUCCUGGCUGGAGAGCUGAUGGGAGUCGUGGGACAGUUUCUGCUCCUGGGCCUGGCUCUGGCUUGCAAGGACUGGAGACUUCUGCUCAGAUUAAUCACAGCUCCCUGCAUUCUCUUCUUGCUCUAUGGCUGGCCAGGUCUGUUCCUGGAGUCUUCAAGGUGGCUGUUGGUGUCUCGUCGGACAACAGAGGCCCAGGCUGUAUUGAGGGUUCUAGCUCAAAGAAACAGACCUGAGGGGGAGCCACUGGGGGAUGAGGCUGAAGAAGCCCUCCGAGAUCUGGAGAACACUUGUCCCCUUCCUGCAACUGCCCAGAUCUCCUUCUCAGCCUUGCUCAGCUGUCGCAACAUCUGGAAAAACCUGCUUAUCCUGGGCUUCACCACCUUCAUUGCCCAUGGGAUUAGGCAUUGCUACCAGCUUGUGGGAGGAGGAGUGGGACGAAAGUCCCAGGUCGACUUCAACCUGUAUUCCCUGCUGGCUGGUGGCACAGCAGGCUUGGCCUGUGUCUUCUUGGGGGUUACUGUUGACCGUUUCGGCCGCCGGGGCAUCCUGCUGCUCACUAUGACCCUCACUGGCAUUGCCUCUCUCGUGCUGCUGGGCCUGAGAGAUUAUCUGAAUGAUUCAGCUGUCACUGCCUUCUCAGUUCUUGGACUCUUCUUUUCCCAUGCUGCUGGUGUCCUCAGCAUCCUUCUGGCUGCAGAGGUCAUCCCUACAACAGUCCGGGGACGGGGCCUGGGCCUAAUCCUGGCACUGGGGGCCUUAGGCCAGCUGAGUGGUCCAGUACAGCGGCUCCAUGCUGGUCGAGGUGCCUUCUUGCAGCAUGUGGUCUUGGCAGCCUGCGCCCUUCUCUGCAUUCUCAGCAUCAUGCUGCUGCCCGAGAGCAAACGUAAGGCCCUUCCAGAGGCCCUGAGGGACGGGGAGCUCUGUCGUCGGCCCUCCUUGCUAAGGCCACCACCCCCAACCCGUUGUGACCAUGUCCCACUGCUUGCCACGCCAACGCCUGCCCUCUGAGUACCACCAGGGUGGAUGCUGACAGGAGAACGGAGGGCACUACUUGUGAAAUGCAAAGAGGCUAACAGAUGGCCGUGAAAGAGAUGGGAAACACCAUAGCAUGCCAUGCUGGUUAUAGGAAGGCCAAGGUACGCCAAGAGUGGACCCACGGGGGAAGUCUGACCACAGACAUGAAGGAAGUUGGGGGAACCUCAUCCAAUAGGAAGCUGGAGUACACCAAGAAGGUCACGUAGAAAGUGGAGUUAAAUACAUCCCAGCCCAUGGGAUAGCACAUUUAAACAAGGGGAGAACAAAAGCCUGCUUCACUUACUCUUCCCUGCUAUUUUGUGGUCCUCCUCACGACCAGAGUCUGGGGGAGGGAUCAUGGGGUUCUGUACAGUGAUCCCCUUGCAGAGGACACAGGUGUGGACUGCAGUAAGAACAGCAGGGCUCUCUCUAGUCUCACCCAGGGAUACCCAGACCUCACACACUGGGCCUAC